AUGCCGUCGAUGCCUCUGUAUAGGAAUGACACGAACAGUGUACUUCAACAGAUCGUUACAUCCUCAUCGGAAGCAGAUACCUUGGAUCAACUCAUCCCCUACAUCAAGGACUAUAGCUAUGGCAACAAGACCUCCCAUUUACUGGGACAGCUCUCCGAUCUAGCGGCAGCGCGCGAAGCGGAGAUUGAAAGACAAUGCAACACCAAUCACCAAGAAUUCGUAAAAUCCGUCAAUCAACUGCUGCGAAUCCGUGAAGGCACCGUCACCCUCACCAAUGAGAUUCUGGAGUUGAAUCAAUCCAUCCAAGCCAGCACGGAAAAACUUGUAGAACAGAAGAAAGCCUUGGUGGAAUCUCGAGGCGUGAGACAGAACAUAGACGACGCCAGUCAUGCUCUACAAGAUUGUCUCGAGGUGCUACGCCUCGCAAAUCAAGUACAAGAACUCCGUGAUCAGAAGAAACACUAUGCGGCCCUACGAGCCCUGGACGAACUCCAAAGCGUCCACUUGCAAAACGUGACCCAAUACCAAUUGAGCGAGCUCAUCCAAAAGUCUGUACCGGCCACCCAGAAAUCCAUCGCCGAAGCGGUCAUGGCGGAUCUCAACACUUGGCUCUUUCGAGUCCGCGAGAUGUCCCAGUACCUAGGUGAACUGUCCUUCUAUCACACCGACCUGCGCCAGCGGCGACAAAAAGAACGAUCCGAAAGGAAUCCUUAUCUAGCCAAUUUCAAACUCAACUCCGCCAUCGAAUUGGUCGCCGAUGAGCAUGAAGAAUACGAUCUGCUCAAGAGUGAGGACCUAGAAGUCGAUUUCACUCCCCUAUUCGAAGCAUUGCAUAUCCAUCGGUCGCUGGGCCAAAUGGAUAAAUUCAAAGCCGAUUAUGCCGCCAGUCGCCGGGCGCAGCGGGAUCUAUUGUUGCAAAACUCCAUCUCGCUUGUCGACGAGGAGAUGGGCGACCUGCACACAUUACUAGAAGACAUAGCCGGUUUCGCCAUCAUGGAGCGCGCCACGAUGAAGAAGGUGCCAGAUCUCCGGUCCAACACCGACGUCGAAGAACUAUGGGACUCACUGUGUCAAACCGCCAUCUCACUCAUGUCCAAAGCCCUGUCGCCCGUGGACAACGCCGAGCACCUGCUGAAAAUCAAGAAUUUGAUCUCCCUCUUCAUCCAGACGAUGAAUGGUUUCAAUUUCAACACGUCCGCCGUGUCCAACUUCGUGCUAGUCCUGUUUGACAAGUACGCCGAACUGCUCAAACAACGCUUCAGCGAAGACUUCAUCGAAAUUGUCUCGACUGACGACUACAUGCCCAUGCCAAUCCAGAACGCAGAAGAAUUCGAAAAAGUCGUUAAUGUAUCCUGGUACACACCCGACCGACCCGUCAACGAAAUGACGUUCCCGACCGUCUUCCCUUUCUCUCAAAUGUACCCGCUCUGCUGCAUCGACAUCCGCAACUUCCUGAACCAAUUCUACUUCUUCUCCGCGCAGGACGAUGCGCCAUCUCCUCUCUCCUCGAAGAUUGACUCACAACUCCUGACCUCGCUCGACGACCUGCUCACGACAAAAGUUUGUGCCAGCCUCGUCUCCAAACUAUCCUCACAAUACCUGGGGCAAAUCGUGCAGAUCCUGAUUAACCUGUCGCACUUCACAACAGCGUGCCACGAGCUGGAAACGCUCCUAGCGACAGCGCGGGCGUCGUCACUCAAUCCCGGCCCUGCCAUCUCUCUGCACGCGACUGCGCAGUUUUCUACGCACCAGAAAACCGCAGAGAACCGGAUUUUCGAGCUGGUGAACAGUAAAGUCUCCGACCUGAUCGAGACAGCCGAAUAUGACUGGCUCAGUCGCCGGCCACCCGUAGAGCCGUCCAACUACAUCCUGACACUGACACGGUACUUGUCGAACAUCAUCAACUCGGUCCUGCUCUCUCUCCCAUCGAGCCUGAAGGACCUCAUGCUGUUCAAUGCGAUCUCGCACACCGCAAGCUCGAUCCUUGCACUCCCACUCUCAGAUACGGUGGGGCGGAUCACCACGACAGCAAUCGCGCAGCUGACAAUGGAUAUCACGCACUUCCAGCACUACGUGCAGACGCUACCGAACAACUCGAUCCUGCUUGAGAGUCUGGAUGAGCUGGUGCAGACAGUCGCACUCAUGGCGACGGACCAGCCUGACGAAUUCUACGACAUCUCCUUGCGCAACAAGAAGUACCGCAACGUCGAUCCCCUCAAGGGACCUCAACUGCUCGAGAAGGUCGUCCAUGUCGACGCCCGGUCCCCGACGACGGCGCAUGACCGUGCCGCCAGCGGUAGUGGAAAUGGUGGAAGUGGGCUGCAGAGUCCCGGUCUCGGCCAUCACGGUAGCACGGGGAGUAGGGCUCCUAACACAUUUGCCGCGCUGCAGAAUCGGUUCAUUCACGGUGGGAGAUAA